CCUCCUUCCAUUCAUCUCUCCUUUCUGUCUCUACCACUCAUACUCUUCUUCCUUUCUCCUGCUCCAUUACUUCUGUUGGUGAACGUUGUUUUUCCCUUAGGGUUUCGUCGACAUGUCAGGAAGAGGCAAGGGAGCCGGUGCCGCCGCAAGGAAGAAAUCUGUUACUAAGUCUGCCAAGGCUGGUCUGCAGUUUCCUGUCGGUAGGCUCGGGCGAUACUUGAAGAAGGGCCGUUAUGCGCAGCGCGUAGGCUCCGGAGCUCCUGUGUACUUGGCUGCUGUUUUGGAGUACCUAGCCGCAGAGGUCCUGGAGUUGGCCGGGAAUGCUAGCAGGGAUAAUAAGAAAAGUCGAAUUAUACCCCGUCAUAUUCAGCUCGCCAUUAGAAAUGAUGAGGAGCUAGGAAAGCUUCUCUCAGGAGUGACUAUUGCCUAUGGAGGCGUGCUUCCUAACAUUCACAGUGUCCUUCUUCCCAAGAAGACGGCCGGAGGAACGGGUACAGAGAAGCCUGCCAAACCCGAGAAGGAGAAGAAAGUGAAGGGUGAAAAGGCCUCUAAAGAGUGAGCGAUUCGUGCCUUGCGUGAUUGGAUGCACAACUAUAAUGGUGUUUCAUAACACCGCCCGUUCGUAUUGUCUUAUCAUCUCUCUACUCUCUUGGAGUAUAUCUUAAAUCGUGGUGAUUAAGCACUGAUGAUCGUUUCUGUAAGUAUUGACUAGGAAGUGUCUUUGGUGUUCUUGAUUCGGUCUGUCUGGACAUGGCUCGGGAAUUAUUAGUGGAUAGACCUGAAUUGCAGGACAAAAUGUCGUUCCAGCCCUAACACCGCAGGUAAGGGACUCGAUAUCGUCUACGGCUGUUUUAAUUAUUUUAAGUGUCGGGUGGAUUAACCGAA